AUGUCGACGACAUCUCGGUUUCGUCUGUUCCUCGCUUUUCUACAACUCGCGGGUUUGUUACUUCCGUUGAGAAUUUCUGCAAUUAGGAAGGAUAUUGGGUUUUUAGAAGAGCGGAGUUGCAGAACAACUGUCCAAGGAAGGUAUUUGAUCUCCGAUGACGAAGGCAAUGUGUGUGAUGCUCUGUCAUUGGAUUCUCGAACCCGUUGUUGCCCAUGGAAAGGAGAAAGAUUUCCUUGUCAUGGAUGCAACCUCCUUUCACAAUGCUGCACCUCUUAUGAAUUUUGCGUUUCUUGCUGCUUGAAUCCUACGCGGACGCUUCUUCAGAAGGUGGUUAAGGUCAAAGUCUCAAAGCCGGCUACAGCAGGGACAUACAAGACUGUGUUUGAUUUUUGUGCCGGAAGAUGCCGCCAUAAUUCUGAGAGUGUGGUUCAUGAAAAUGCAUACCACAGCAAGUUUCACCAUUGUUUUUCUCUGACAUCAAAUGCUUCAGGGGCUAAUCUUACACAAGUUGAAACAAGACUUCUUGGCAUUGACGUUAUUGUCGGAAGACAAGGAGAUUCAUGCGAUGCAGUUUGCAAGUCACGUGGACAAUUGUGUGUGAUGAAUAAACUAUCGCUCCUAAACCAAUGUGACGUUAUGCAAAGAUACAUGACCUGCAAAGGCUCCUGUUUAGCAAGUGCAGGGGCUGACCAACCUGCUGAAGUUGUCGAUGAUGCGCCCAGAGAUUUGUAUCCCGGCGCCUGCUUGUAUACACGGACACAAUCAAUGCUUUCUUGUGACGGUUCACACCAAUACACCCGACGACUCUGCCCAUGUGCCUAG